AAAGCUACAGGCUGUCGGGUUAUCACAGUGGAAGAUCACUACCGGGAGGGUGGCAUUGGAGAAGCAGCAUUAAGCAUGAUGGGACCAUGUGUGAUACCUGCCGCCAGCAACCAAUCAUUGGCAUUCGAUGGAAGUGUGCAGAGUGUACAAAUUAUGAUUUGUGCACAGUUUGUUAUCAUGGAGAUAAGCAUCACUUAAGGCAUCGCUUCUAUAGAAUUACUACACCUGGAAGUGAGCGGGUUCUAUUGGAAUCUCGCAGAAAAUCUAAGAAGAUUACAGCCAGAGGGAUCUUUGCAGGUGCCAGAGUGGUACGAGGAGUAGACUGGCAAUGGGAAGAUCAGGAUGGAGGAAAUGGACGUAGGGGGAAGGUAACAGAAAUCCAAGACUGGAGUGCAUCAAGCCCACAUAGCGCAGCAUAUGUUCUCUGGGAUAAUGGUGCUAAGAACCUUUACAGAGUUGGCUUUGAGGGCAUGUCUGAUCUGAAGUGUGUCCAGGAUGCCAAAGGAGGUUCUUUCUACAGAGAUCACUGCCCUGUGCUAGGUGAGCAGAAUGGCAACAGAAAUCCUGGUGGGUUGCAGAUUGGUGACCUGGUAAAUAUAGACCUUGACUUAGAAAUUGUACAGUCUUUGCAGCAUGGUCAUGGAGGAUGGACUGAUGGCAUGUUUGAGACUUUAACUACAACUGGAACUGUUUGUGGCAUUGAUGAAGAUCAUGACAUUGUAGUACAGUAUCCGAGUGGCAAUAGGUGGACCUUCAAUCCUGCUGUUCUCACUAAAGCAAACAUUGUCCGAAGUGGGGAUGCUGCUCAAGGUGCAGAAGGAGGCACCUCACAGUUUCAAGUGGGUGAUCUUGUACAAGUUUGUUAUGAUCUGGAAAGAAUUAAGCUUCUGCAAAGAGGACAUGGAGAAUGGGCUGAAGCUAUGCUCCCAACUUUAGGUAAAGUUGGCCGAGUACAACAGAUUUAUUCAGACAGCGAUUUAAAGGUGGAAGUUUGUGGCACAUCCUGGACAUAUAAUCCAGCAGCAGUUUCCAAGGUGGCAUCUGCAGGAUCAGCCAUUAGCAAUGCAUCUGGUGAAAGACUUUCCCAACUCUUGAAGAAAUUAUUUGAAACCCAAGAAUCUGGUGACCUCAAUGAAGAAUUAGUUAAGGCUGCUGCCAAUGGAGAUGUUGCUAAAGUGGAAGAUUUGCUAAAAAGACCAGAUGUGGAUGUAAAUGGACAAUGUGCUGGUCACACUGCUAUGCAAGCUGCUAGUCAGAAUGGACAUGUUGAUAUUUUGAAGUUACUUUUGAAACAAAAUGUGGAUGUAGAAGCAGAGGACAAGGAUGGAGAUAGAGCCGUUCACCAUGCAGCUUUUGGAGAUGAAGGUGCUGUUAUAGAAGUAUUACAUCGAGGCAGUGCAGACUUGAAUGCUCGCAACAAACGCCGACAGACACCACUUCAUAUUGCUGUCAAUAAAGGUCAUCUUCAAGUUGUAAAGACUUUAUUGGACUUUGGUUGUCAUCCAAGUCUUCAGGAUUCUGAAGGUGAUACUCCUCUUCACGAUGCAAUAAGUAAGAAACGCGAUGACAUCUUGGCAGUCCUUCUGGAAGCUGGGGCGGAUGUCACCAUUACAAACAAUAAUGGAUUUAAUGCCCUGCACCAUGCUGCACUAAGAGGAAAUCCCAGUGCAAUGCGUGUUUUACUAUCUAAAUUACCAAGACCAUGGAUUGUGGAUGAGAAGAAAGAUGAUGGUUAUACUGCCUUGCAUCUGGCUGCCCUUAAUAAUCACGUGGAAGUGGCUGAAUUAUUGGUACAUCAGGGUAAUGCAAACCUGGAUAUCCAGAAUGUGAACCAACAAACGGCCCUCCAUCUUGCUGUUGAACGACAGCACACCCAGAUUGUUAGGCUUUUGGUCCGUGCAGGUGCCAAAUUAGAUAUUCAGGAUAAGGAUGGGGAUACUCCUUUGCAUGAAGCUCUGAGGCACCACACCUUGUCUCAGCUACGUCAGCUCCAGGAUAUGCAAGAUGUGGGCAAGGUCGAUGCUGCCUGGGAGCCAUCCAAAAACACUUUAAUAAUGGGACUUGGUACCCAGGGGGCAGAGAAGAAGAGUGCAGCAUCUAUUGCCUGUUUCUUGGCUGCUAAUGGUGCUGACCUUAGCAUUCGAAAUAAGAAGGGUCAAUCACCACUUGAUCUCUGUCCUGAUCCAAGUCUCUGCAAAGCACUGGCAAAAUGUCAUAAAGAAAAAGUCAGUGGUCAAGUGGGUUCUCGAAGUCCUUCUAUGAUUAGUAAUGAUUCUGAAACCUUAGAAGAGUGUAUGGUGUGCUCAGAUAUGAAGAGAGAUACUCUUUUUGGCCCAUGUGGACAUAUUGCUACCUGUUCUUUAUGUUCUCCACGAGUCAAGAAAUGCCUCAUCUGUAAAGAACAAGUUCAAUCUAGGACAAAGAUUGAAGAAUGUGUGGUAUGCUCAGACAAGAAAGCAGCUGUUCUUUUUCAACCAUGUGGACACAUGUGUGCUUGUGAGAACUGUGCUAACCUGAUGAAAAAGUGUGUGCAGUGUCGGGCAGUGGUUGAGCGAAGACUGCCUUUUAUUAUGUGUUGUGGAGGUAAAAGUUCAGAAGAUACCACUGAUGAUAUCUCAAGUGGAAAUAUCCCAGUGUUACAAAAGGACAAAGAUAAUACAAAUGUCAACGCAGAUGUGCAGAAGUUGCAGCAGCAGUUGCAGGACAUUAAGGAGCAGACAAUGUGCCCAGUGUGUUUGGAUCGUCUAAAGAAUAUGAUUUUCCUCUGUGGCCAUGGAACGUGCCAACUCUGUGGAGACCGAAUGAGUGAAUGUCCAAUCUGUCGCAAGGCUAUUGAACGAAGGAUUCUUUUGUAUUAACAAGAAACUCAGUGUGUUUUGUUAGCUAAGGUAUUUGGUCAUGAGAUCUUAGUAAGCCUUUAAACUAGUUGGAGGUUCUAAUGAAUUAAUUUUGAAUAUUAUAGUUUCUUUACUAGAGUAUAAUUAAACUGUAAAUGCACCAGAACAAAAUAACUCUACAAAACAG